AUGGCCGGCAAAAAAUCGGACCCAGAGUCCUCCAACCGAGUUGAUGUAACUCCCAAGUCCCAGUCUCACAAGCGCAAGCGAGAUGUCCAGACCACCCAAUCCGCUACCACUCCCACCCCGACGAAGAAGACCAAGAAACGCGAAAGCUCGCCAAGCGCAGAGGGCGCGGAUGAUGGCAGCUCCAAGAAGCGAAAGCGUCUUAAGGACGCUCUUCAAGGAGAGAGCUCCCCGGAGACGACCCGGAAAGAAAGUACUAUCCCGAAAGAACGCCGCAAAAAGACAUCUGCAGACUCAGGCGACAUGGACAGCGAGAAGCCAAAGAAGGAGAAGAGCAGCAAACGAAAGAGCGCUGAAAAACAUGACGAGCUGGAUGAUGCGCCUGCACCUGUGAUCUCAUCAAAGGACGAGGACGAAGCUCCUACGAAAGAUGACGAGGGCAAAACGAAGAACAAGCACUCCAGCAUCAUGUCAAAGUUCGAGCGUACCAAGUCUGUUGCAAGCGCUCAAGCCAAGAAGCCACAAGCCGAGGUCAUCGAGGACGAGACGCCUGCUGCAGAGCCUAUUUACGCCCAAGGCUUGGAACGCCUUCCUCAGCCAGUCAACCCACCCGAGCUAGAGCAACUUCCGACCUACUCCUCUCUACCCCCUUGGCUGGCCAACCCUUUGCGCAAAUCCACCGAAGAUACACAGAAGUUCUCUGAGCUAGGAAUCAAACCUGAUCUACUCAAGACUCUGGAAAAGCAAAACUACAAGGAAGCCUUCGCUGUGCAAUCCGCCGUCAUUCCUCUCCUCCUUCAGGGCAAGGAGAACCACCCUGGAGAUCUUUGUGUCUCUGCUGCCACCGGUUCUGGUAAAACACUUUCUUACGUGCUCCCUCUUGUGACCGCCCUUCCCCCAAGACCUGCUUCACGACUUCGGGGGUUGAUCGUUGUCCCCACGCGAGAGCUGGUGAAGCAAGCUCGAGAGGCUUGUGAACUAUGUGCCUCCGGCUCCAAACUUCAUAUCGGAAGCGCGGUUGGUAACGUUGCCAUCAAAGAAGAGCAAAAGUUAUUGAUGCGUGUGGAUCAAGUCUACAACCCGGCCGUUCAACAGCAACAGCGCGAGGGUAUCAAGGGCAACGAUUGGAUGAACCUAAACCUUGAGGAUUGUGUCAGCGAAGCAGUAAGCUCAAGCGGAUCUCUUCCUGAACACGUUCAGCGACCCGAGCCCAAUGUCGACAUCCUGAUUUGUACGCCUGGUCGUCUGGUUGACCACAUCCGUUACACCAAGGGAUUUACCCUGAAGUACCUUGAGUGGUUGGUAAUCGACGAAGCUGAUCGUCUCUUGAAUGAAAGUUUCCAAGAGUGGGUUGACGUUGUGAUGAAUUCCCUGGACAGUCGCCAGGCCCCGGAGACCUUUGGUCCCGGAGGUAAGCUUUUAUCAGAACUUGGACUGCCAAUUGAUGCCAAGCCACCCAGAAAGGUGGUUCUCAGUGCAACCAUGACUCGUGACAUCUCCAAACUCAAUUCGCUUCGUCUUGCCAACCCCAAGAUGGUCAUCAUCGGGUCUGAGAAGGGUGCUGAUGAAGAUGACACAACUGAGGGUCACAAUGAUUCCAACUUCACACUCCCAUCAACUCUCACAGAGCGUAUGGUUCCUGUCGGCGAUGGAUCACUCAAGCCCCUUUACCUCUUACGCCUUCUUCUUUCACACAUCGAGCUCAAGGGAGAUGACCGCGCUUCUAGCACAUCUGACUCCGAUGACACCAGUUCGGACGAUGACACAAGCAGCGAUGACGAUACUAGCUCCGAUGAAUCCUCAUCAUCAUCCGACGACGACGACGACGACACAUCAUCCUCUGGCUCAGACUCCGAGUCAGACUCCGACUCAGAUUCCGAUUCCGAUUCCGAUUCAUCGUCUGAAUCUGACUCUGACUCCGACUCUUCUGACUCCUCGGACUCAGAUGCCAUGGAUAUUGUCCCGACCCCAUCACGCAAGACUGUCCUUGUCUUCACCAAAUCAUCCGAGUCAGCAUCACGUCUCUCGCGCCUCAUUGCGCUCCUCCACCCUGCUCUCGCCAAGCGUGUCGGUACCAUCGUCAAAUCAAACAACUCAUCUGCUUCUCGCAAGACUCUACGCGCUUACAACCAAGGUCGCAUCUCAAUUAUUGUCGCCACCGAUCGUGCAUCUCGUGGUCUUGAUCUUCCCUCUUUGACUCAUGUUGUCAACUAUGAUGUCCCCACUAGUGUCACAACCUACGUUCACCGUGUUGGUCGUACUGCCCGUGCUGGCCGUGAGGGAUCUGCUUGGACCCUGGUCGCUCACCGUGAAGGCUACUGGUUCGCUAACCAAAUUGCCACUGGUCUCAUUACUCGAGCAUCGCUCAUCGAUCGUGUCAACAUCAAGUCAGAAUCACUCACUUCUUUGAAGCCGAAGUAUACCAAGGCGUUGGACAAGCUCGAGAAGGAGGUCAAGAGUGGUUGA